AUGGCGACUGAUAUCGACACCGGACUAAACAUGAUGAAUUCGUACGCCAUGUAUCCGGACAUGGCUCCGGUUUACGAUGAACCCCGGGUUGGAGAAAAUGUGAUAACACAAGGACUAACUAAAGACUUGGAAGAAUUUUACGAUAAAACAGAAUCUAGUGCUGACAGAGAAAAGGCAUUGCAACUGCUUACUUCUCUGAAAUUUGGUCAAGAAAUUAAACAUCCGAACUAUCCACCUUUAGAAAGGCCCCAUACAGCCAUGCCAACUUACGGUGGAAGAAAUCCGUACCAAACAACGUACACAAAGGAUUACCCUUUUAAGGAGUCCAGUGUGACUGCCAUCAGGCCGAUGUCCUCACAAGGAUUCGCAGCAUCACAUGACCUGAGCGGCCCUAUCGGAGCCACUACUUACCACAAUGAUUUCAGUAGUGCACCUCAGCGUCCUGCUUCCCCAGUCAGGAGCGGCACCGCUUCCGGUUCGCGUAACAAUAAACCACACCCACUUCAGUCCUUCAUGGUGUGGAAGUUCCCGUCGAAGGCACGGGCAGAGCAAAAGGAAAGUCCGUGGUCUGAAGAACUAACGGACGAUAUGAUCAAACAGGUUCACAAGCGCCUGUGUCAGUCUACAUACCAAAGUGACUUUCUCGGUAUACCUCAAGGUUUCCAAGUGAAAAGUGCAUACAAUCUACCUCCCGAUUGGAAGGCGAACAUUCCGUACACACUAGACUCUGUGGCCCGAUAUUCCUUCCAAACCCCAUCCCAGCAAGAUGAACUGAAACUCCCAGCCUCGCGCUAUGGUAGCAACAAGAAAAAACAAUUUGUCGCUUCCGGUACAAUACCCACAGCAUCAUCUAGGUACAUGCACAUCAAACAGAGAACAACAUACGAUCGGCAUUACAACGACAACUCGCCAGCUGUCGUUACCCAAAUUAAGGAUACCGGAAAGAAAUUAGGGACCGAGGCCCUUCGGAAACACAUGGAGAAAACAGAAGGAGAAGAGAAAGACUUGGUCGGGAAGAUGUUAGAGGCCUACGAAAUGGGCGGUUAUGAGCCAAUGGGCGGAGUACCUAACGUACAGCCACCACCACCCCGCCCUAAUUCACGCGCCUCUGUCAAUUCCAAACGUUCUUACAAACCUCCAAGUACACCUAUUUCGAACUUUAGCGCCAAUUCCUCGGGUGUGCAUCCUUUCCGAAUGGGUCGUACACCGACCCCGAGCCAUCGGUCGCCCAGCACGCCCUCGUGUGGUAGGCCUGACAGCGGGUAUCAAAACAGAUUGGGAAUGCAUAUACCGCCCACUCCAAUCUCUCUACCAAUGAAAGGAUCCAGAACGCCAUCCACGCCCAUAUCUGUUCCUUAUACUCCGCCCAUGUUUCUGUCCUAG